AUGGACUAUAAACGGAUGAAACUUGAUGAGUGUCGGGAGCAACUAUUCAAUAUCCGUCGAAAAGUGUUUAUUGAAGAACAAAACUGCCCAGAAAACAUGGAAUGGGAUGAAAACGAAGAGAAGGAUUCACUGUAUUUUGUAGCUUUCAAAGGAGACGUCGCUGUUGGUUGCCUCCGUCUUCGUGAUGUCGAGCCUGAUUUAUUGAAAAUGGAGCGAGUUGCAGUACUAAAAGAAUAUCGUAGAAGACGAAUUGCAACCGAACUUAUCCGAGAAGCUAUGCUUUACACUCAAACUGAAUUGCCAACUUCUUCGAUCUACGCGUACGCUCAAGUAUCAGCUCUUCAAGCCUAUGUAUCUCUGGGAUUUACCGUACUCUCCAAGGUUUGGAUUGAGGAUGGUACAUUCAUUCCACAUCAGACGAUUUUUUGGGGAACUCCUCUUUCUAUUGGAGCGUUUUUGAAACAUCAAGCUGAAAAAGUGGAUACCACCUACGAGGAAUACGAUGCUCGCCAUCCAUCAAUUCUUCCGAAGAUUGAGGCCUACAAUCAAAGACUCGAGGAUCUGGAAAUUUGGAAUAUCUGCUCUCUGCACAUUCAUCUUGAUGACCUUGCUAUAUCAAGGAUAGUGAGAAGACAGUUCACUGAAUUCUGUCUCAAAGCGAAUCGAUAUUUGGAUGGAGAUCUUUCCGUAUCGAAGGAUGUCGUACAUAAAAGUGGACAACUUUUAAAAAUGGCAGAUAGAAAACUGAAUACUGGUCAUUUCAACGAAGUAGACGAAAAUUGGAGGAAGCUGUACGCACUUGUCAGUUUUGUGCAAGCUUUUCUGAUGUUCAAGAAAAACGAUUUUCAGAGAGCGAUCGAAGUAGCUGACAAAGGACUAUGCAUGGGUCGGAUCGAUGAAGAAAAAGUACCACUUCGACAGUUAGCAUGGUUGAUCCACGAAAAUCUACCAGGAGUUUCGGAUGAAAAUUCUAUUCAUCCCAGUUUCUCCUUUGAAGAAAAUACAAAAAAUCAAGCACUUUGUCCGUUAACCAAUUCUACAUCAAUUGAUGAGUGUGAUGAUGAAGAUGAAUCUUGCUUCGAACGAAUUCUAACAUCAGUUCAUAACGAAAAACCUCUAGUCAUUCGAAAGCAAUGUUUGAGCAUGCCAGCUGUUCAAAAAUGGUCAUUUCCAUUUUUACUCAAAGAACUACACAGUCGGACUUUUCCAGUAGAAAUUGGAACGAAAUAUUCUGACGAAAACUGGUCACAAAAGUUGAUGACAUUCCAAAACUUCAUUCGAAAUUCAGAGAACGCGCGUCUCUAUCUUGCCCAACAUCGCUUAUUCGAUCAAGUGCCCCAUCUGAAAAGAGACGUCAUCAUUCCAGAUGUAUGCUUCGCAGAGUCUACUAGUGCUGAAAACGUGGAUGUGAAUAUGUGGAUUGGACCAGCAAAUACUGUAUCUCCACUACAUACAGAUCCACGGAAGAACAUGUUCGUACAGGUUCAUGGCACAAAAUUGUUUCGAAUGGUGGACCCAAAAGAUACAGAAUUCGUUUAUCCAUUUGAUGGUAUACUGUCAAACACAAGUCAGGUAGACGUCGAGAGUCCAGAUCUCUCAGAGUUUCCAGAUUUCGCAAAAGUACGGGUUUAUGAUGCUGUUGUGAAUGCUGGAGAUGCUCUAUUUAUCCCAGAAAAAUGGUGGCAUUUUGUUCGUUCAACGACUCCUUCUAUUUCAAUUUCCUUUUGGUUCGAUUAA